AUGUCCUUAAAUCCUGUCGCGCUUCCUGAAGAUUUGGUGCCCGAAAUACUUGCUAGGUUGCCCGCGAAGUCAUUGCUGAGGUUUAGAUGUGUUUCGAAACAAUGGAAAGCUUUGAUUGGUAGCCAAUAUUUCGUCAAUCUGCAAUUGAAAAUUUCCAAAGCCAGAGCACAAGACAACCCUCAGAUUCUACUCAUGAUAAAUAACAAUCAUGGAACUCGUCCCUCUUUCCUCAUUGUAAGCCCGGAUUCUCCACCUCAAAAGAUGAGACCCACCCAUCUCCCGUUUACCGAACUACGAUCUUUAGUAAGAAGAAUCCAUGGUUGUUGCAAUGGGUUAGUUUGUUUGAGUAAUUCGCUCACUGAUCAUAUCGUCCUUUGGAAUCCAACGAUUCGCAAGAGGUGGGUCUUACCUGUUCCCGUUCUUGAUGAUGCAUGCCAUCACCCUCCGAUUCUAACACAUUCUACAAUCUAUUCAACCUAUGAGUAUGCUUUCGGGUACGAUGAUAUUGGGGAUGACUAUAAAGUUGUGGGGAUUCUUGCAUGCUUUGAUUCCUCCUCCACCUCUUCUCCUCCUCGUCCAAUCCAUCAGGAAGUUAAAGUUUAUAGUGUCGCAUCCAAUUCUUGGAGGCGUCUUCCAUUAAACUUCCAAUAUAUUGUUGGAACACGCGGAAUAUCUAGAACUGAAGGCAAACUAGUUAACAAUGCGCUUCAUUGGAAGGCGAUUGAUGAUGGUGGUUGUGAUUGUAUCGUGGCUCUUGAUCUUAAUGCCGAGACCACCCGAAUUUUCGCACCACCACCCAAUGAUGUUGAGAGUGUGCAAUCAAUAUGGGAUGUGGGGGUGUUUGAAGACUUUCUGUGCGUGAUAUAUAUGCAUUCUACCAAGUCUGCAAGUGCGAGUCUGUGGAUAAUGAAAGAUUAUGGAUUGAAUGAUUCUUGGACCAAGAUCACUGUUGUAGAGCCACAUCCAAAUAUCUUGCAGAGGAUGUAUGGUCCGUUUUACAAGCGCUUGAGUUGUGAGCUUAAUUUGAUACCAUAUUUAGGUAGAAGGAGUAAUGAAAUCUUUUUUCACGACGACAUCAAUGUUUAUGCUUACGAUACCGUGACACAUUUGGUUCGUCCUACUGAUUUACCAAUUACCAAAGAUGGCCGUCUUUUUCAGCCAAGUGGAUUCCCCUUAAUUACUAGUCUUGUUGAGCCUUGGUCCCGUCAUGUUGUUCCAGCUAUGUAA